CUCGGCGGCGGCGGCGGCGGCAGAGGCGGCAGCGCUCGCCAUUGCCGCUGGUGGCAGGAGGCUGCGAGGAGCCGGCGCGGUCGCAGUCUCCACGGCGCAGGCCCACGGUAGCGCAGCCGCUCUGAGGUCGAAUGAUAUGUGGUUCAUGUAGACCACAGUUUGUUUCCCACUCACCCACUGAUGGACACUUGGGCAUCUUCCACCUUUUUUGGCUGUUGUGACUAAUGUUGCUAUGAACAUGGGUGUGCACAUGGCUCUUUGAGACCCUGCUUUCAGUCCUUCUGGCAGUAGAUCUUCAUGGAGGAACACGGAGUGACCCAAACUGAACACAUGGCUACCAUCGAAGCCCAUGCAGUGGCCCAGCAAGUACAGCAGGUCCAUGUGGCCACUUACACGGAGCACAGUAUGCUAAGUGCUGACGAAGACUCCCCUUCCUCCCCUGAGGACACCUCUUACGAUGACUCGGACAUACUCAACUCCACGGCAGCUGAUGAGGUAACUGCCCAUCUGGCUGCUGCAGGUCCUGUGGGAAUGGCUGCUGCUGCUGCUGUGGCAACAGGGAAGAAACGGAAGCGACCUCAUGUGUUUGAGUCUAAUCCGUCUAUCCGAAAGAGACAGCAGACACGUUUGCUUCGGAAGCUCAGAGCCACAUUGGAUGAGUACACAACUCGUGUGGGACAGCAAGCAAUUGUUCUCUGCAUCUCACCCUCCAAACCCAACCCCGUCUUUAAGGUGUUUGGCGCAGCACCUUUGGAGAACGUGGUGCGAAAGUACAAGAGCAUGAUCCUGGAAGACCUGGAGUCUGCUCUGGCAGAACACGCCCCUGCGCCACAGGAGGUUAAUUCAGAACUGCCGCCUCUCACCAUCGAUGGGAUUCCAGUCUCUGUGGACAAAAUGACCCAGGCUCAGCUGCGGGCAUUUAUCCCAGAGAUGCUCAAGUAUUCCACAGGUCGGGGAAAACCAGGCUGGGGGAAAGAAAGCUGCAAGCCUAUCUGGUGGCCAGAAGACAUCCCAUGGGCCAAUGUCCGCAGUGACGUCCGCACAGAAGAGCAGAAGCAAAGAGUUUCAUGGACCCAGGCAUUACGGACCAUAGUUAAAAAUUGUUAUAAGCAACAUGGGCGGGAGGAUCUUUUAUAUGCUUUUGAAGAUCAGCAAACACAAACGCAGGCCACCACCACACACAGUAUAGCCCAUCUCGUACCAUCACAGACUGUAGUACAGACCUUCAGCAACCCUGAUGGCACCGUGUCGCUCAUCCAGGUUGGUACGGGGGCAACAGUAGCCACAUUGGCUGAUGCUUCAGAACUGCCAACCACAGUCACUGUUGCCCAAGUGAAUUACUCUGCUGUAGCUGAUGGAGAGGUGGAACAAAAUUGGGCCACAUUACAGGGCGGUGAAAUGACCAUCCAGACGACGCAAGCAUCAGAGGCCACCCAGGCAGUAGCAUCACUGGCAGAAGCCGCAGUGGCAGCUUCUCAGGAGAUGCAACAGGGAGCCACUGUCACCAUGGCCCUCAACAGUGAAGCUGCCGCCCACGCUGUCGCCACUCUGGCUGAAGCCACCUUACAAGGCGGGGGACAGAUAGUCCUGUCUGGGGAAACUGCAGCAGCCGUCGGAGCACUUACUGGAGUCCAAGAUGCUAAUGGCCUGGUCCAGAUCCCUGUGAGCAUGUACCAGACUGUGGUAACCAGCCUCGCCCAGGGCAACGGGCCAGUGCAGGUGGCCAUGGCCCCAGUGACCACCAGGAUAUCGGACAGCGCCGUCACCAUGGAUGGCCAGGCUGUGGAGGUGGUGACGUUGGAACAGUGACUUGGAGCUCUGUCAUGGCAUCGUUUUCUAGGCUACUUCAGAAUUUUUUACACGUUUGCAGAGGUGCAAUCAAAUGGAAUUAAGUCUCUCGACUUGGAAAGAAAGUUUUGGUAACCUUUUUUUAAGAAGGAAGAAAGGCAGCAGAUUUUGGAAUCACAUUUUUCUAAAGCACCACUUCUGGGAUCUGGUGGAGUGAAGAACGACACCGAUUUCACUGUCCCAAAAAGCCAAAUUGUGGCCAGACUUCUUUGUGCAGAAAUGUGUGUAUACUUACGUGUGUGUACGUGUGAGUGUGAAUAUAUGUAUAUGUGUACAUAUGGACAUACACAUUUACAUAUAUGUAUAAAGUAUAUAUGUACAUACAUAUAUAUGUAUGAUACCCGCAUGGAAUUACCUGUAUGAAAUCAAGGUGAACUGUGGAAACAAGAACACACCCAGUUUAGUGGGUGGAAGGGUACACGACCAGACACAGUCACCUGGUUUUUGUUCAUACCAGGGUCAUGCAUUGAGCUACUGACAGACUCAGGCGGAGGUGACCACGUCCUUCACCAAAGCUGCCUCCCAGUGGCCACCUAGACCUCUGCUAGAUUCGCCGAGGGAAGAAAGAUCCAGGACACAGCGUGGUCCAGAAAGUGCUUAAGAAGUCCAGUGACCACGUGCAUUGCCAGCAGACACUCUUCCAGCUGGCCCAGGUGCUGACCUUGCCACAGGCAGGUAAAUGCCCUGCAGGCUCCUGGCAGGGGCAAGAAAUCUUUCCUCAGCCUCCCCAUCUUCUCCCUUCCCAGGAAUCCUCAGUCUCAUGACUAUUAGAGAGUUGCUUGGUUGUAAGGUCAGUCCUGUAACGAACUGAAGGUAACAGAAGUGUUAAGGGCCUGAGUAAUGUUUAUGGAGCAGGCGGGUGUAAGUGCAGGGUGUGUGUGUGUGUGUGUGUGUGUGUGUGUGUGUGUGUGUGUGUGUGUUGGAGAGAAUGGGAAGAGUAUAGGAGAGCAAAAAAGGAAGGAGGGAGAAAACUCUUGAUAAAUCAGGGUGCGCCCGUGGGAACCAUGUUCUCCAGCUGUCUGCAGCUGUGUUUCAGCAGAGGAGGCUGUUCGUGCAGGACCUCUGCCGAAGGCUGGCCGUCCAGAUGUGUCAGAAGACUCUAUGAGGACUGUUUCCCCAGGCACAUCCUGGCGGCACAGGCCUGGAACAGCUUUCCUGCUCACAGUGUGGAUUGCAGUGAGCAGUCGUUGUCACUGUGAGCUUCUGUGCUUUCCAGCCACAAGCCCUGAGUCUCCUGUGGCUCGUUCAUCUGAUGUCUUUACAAGCCAAAUCUCAGCUCCUUGCGUGCAGGGACUCUUCCUCCUUCCUGCCAGCCCUCUCCUGUGCGUGAUAGUGUAUUUAAUGUGGUGUUUUGGUUUUUUGUUUUUUAAUGAGACAUUAAAAGAUUCUUCAUGUCUUGCUCA